AUGGCAAAGUACGUCCAACCAAAAACCUUUCUGGGCGAGGUCUAUCAGGUCCAUGGUUACAGCCAUGCCGUCAUCCUUCCUCGAAAUGCCCAGCUCGUCAUCGCCGCCGGUCAGCCUUCCAUCAACAAGAUCGCUAGAAUGCCCGAAACACCUAGAGAACAGAUCAUUGCUUGCUUUGAGAACUGCCAUGUUGCGCUAAAGGCAGCCGGGGUCGAGGAAGGUCUGAGUGCUGCGCACAAGGUGCACUGCUUCUUCACUGAUGUGAAGGAUGAGCCUGUUGCGAUGGAAGUUUGGAAGGAGAUGUACCCAGAUCAUCGACCAACCUGGAUGAGUGUCGGUGUUAAGGACUUGUGUGUACCGGAAUGA